AUGAGUCUAGAGGUUGUGCGAGGUUUGGUUGAAAAAACACCUGAAUUCUACAACGACUAUUUAUUGAAAACUCAAACAAUAUUUACCCCAGUUUUUGAAAAGUUUGCAAAACUAGAAGAACUUGACAGAGAAUGUAAGCAGAUGGAAAAUGUCUUGAAAUCCUUAAAUUGUACGAAACCUUGCACAUCAUGCAAUUCUAAAGAAUUCGAUGAGAAAUUUGGUAUCGAGGUGAAACAAGUGAAGAAAACGGAACAAGAAAACGCGAAAUGCAACGAAAAAGAAAAUGAAAAAGAAGAAGAAACAAAGGAAAAUAAUUCGACGAAAAAGGAGGCCGAGCAAAAGAAAAUGGUGCCGGCUUUGAGUGCUGAAGAGUUUAAAACUAUUCCCAAAUAUAUGCUAGGGAGGCUAACGCAUGAUAAUUUGAAUGAACUUGCCAUGAGGAUCGACGAAUUCCUGAGCCUCAAACAGAAACUACACACAAAACCUAACAAGGCUCUAACGAGAGAGGAUCGAGAUUCAUUGGAUAAAUGGAAGGAGCUGGAGCGAAAAUCGAAAAAACUGACGACGAACCUGUUUUGCAUCGAAAGCGACAUCAAGCCGUUGCUUUCAGAAAAACUUCGCCCAAGCUUCGGAAAAAUGAUUCCUUGCCUUCGACAUGUUCGACGAAUCCGAGAAGAACGAUGCGGACCAACAACAUUUUAUUAUGUAUAA